UAAAAGAAGCAACCCAUACGGACGCCAUAUUGACCAAAACAAAAUGGCAGAACAAGAGAAUAGUUGACAAAGUCUGCUGGCUUUCACUGACAGAUGCUUUCUCGUGACCAGAUAAAUCCACAACAACGACUAUUAAAUCUGCUCCUGUGUUCUUGGAGGUGGCCACUCUUCUGAAUUACUAUGAUCAAGUUCCUACUUAUGGUCAACAAACAGGGGCAGACUCGUCUAUCUAAGUAUUAUGAACAAGUGGAGCUUGGGAAGCGAGCAGCUCUUGAAGCUGACAUGGUUAGGGGAUGUCUCGCCCGGAGGAAGGAAGAGUGUUCAUUUGUGGAGUAUAAGGACUACAAACUUGUCUAUCGUCAGUAUGCAGCUCUUUUCAUUGUUGUCGGCAUCACUGAAAAUGAGAAUGAACUGUCAAUCUAUGAGCUUGUGCACAACUUUGUAGAGGUGUUAGACAAGUAUUUCAGUCGUGUGAGUGAGCUGGAUAUCAUGUUCAAUUUAGAUAAAGUACACAUUAUACUUGAUGAAAUGAUCCUCAACGGACACAUUGUGGAGACAAAUAAGAACCGUAUACUGGCACCACUACUGGCCCUGGACAAGAUGGCUGAAAGCUAAACCAGUGCAAUUCAGUUUAUUAAUAAUCCAUUUCAAAUUUAAAUAAAAGCUUUUCUUACCAAUUUAAA